AAGUGAAGUUUGUCCGAGUGUCAGCCACGCUGCAGUAGAGACAAGACUCUGUUUCUCUCUGAAAGAAAAGUCAAACUGACUUCAUCAGGUCUUUCUCAACAACACAGCAGAGUCUCUGCCAAACACUGAUAUGGCUGCUGUGAGCGUUCUGCAAUCUGAAGAUCAGUUUCUGUGCUCCAUCUGUCUGGAUGUGUUCACUGAUCCUGUCAGCACACCAUGUGGUCACAACUUCUGCAAGAACUGCAUCACUGAACACUGGAAUACUAAUGACCAGUACCUGUGUCCCCUGUGUAAGGAGGGUUUUACCACAAGACCUGAUUUGAGGAUCAACACUUUCAUCUCUGAGACUGUUGCUCAGUUCAGACAGUCAGCUCAACAGAAAGCCAGCAGCAGCAGCUCAGAGCAACAAGUGUCCAAACCAGGAGAAGUUCCCUGUGACGUCUGCACUGGAACCAAACUGAAGGCCCUGAAGUCCUGCCUGGUGUGUCUGGCCUCCUACUGUGAGACUCACCUGGAGCCUCAUCUGACCAUGUCAGGCCUUAAAAGACAUCAGCUGAUCGACCCUGUGGAGAACCUGGAAGGCAGGAUGUGUACGGAGCACGAUAAACCUCUGGAGCUGUUCUGUAAGACCGACCAGACAUGUGUCUGCAUGCUCUGCACUGUUUUAGAUCACAAGAUGCAUGAUGUUGUUCCUCUGAAAAAAGAAUAUGAAGGAAAGAAGGCCGAGCUGGGGAAGACAGGGGCUGAAAUUCAGCAGAUGAUCCAGAAGAGACGACUGAAGAUUCAGGAGAUCAAACACUCAGUCGACCUCAGUGAGGAAGAUGCAGACAGAGAGAUAGCAGAAGGUGUUCAGGUCUUCACUUCUCUGAAGGAGUCUGUUGAGAGAGGCCUGAAUGAGCUCAUCAACACGAUCAAAGAGAAGCAGAAAACAACAGAAAAACAGGCCGAAGCUUUCAUCAAAGAGCUGGAACAGGAAAUCUCUGAGCUGAUGAAGAGGAGCACUGAGGUGGAGCAGGUGUUACGCUCUGAAGACCACCUCCAUCUUCUCCAGAGUGUCCAGUCCCUAAACAUCCAACAUCCUCCACCCACCAAGGACUGGACAGAGGUCAGCGUCCGUCCAUCAUCAUAUGAGGGGACUGUGGUGAAAGCUGUGGUUCAGCUGGAGGAGACACUCAGUAAAGAGAUGAAGAAGCUGAUUGAGGCCGAGCUGAAGAGGGUCCAGCAGUAUGCAGUGGAUGUGACUCUUGAUCCUGAUACAGCAUAUCCUAAACUCAUCCUGUCUGAUGAUGGGAAACAAGUGAAUCAUGGUGAGGUGAGGAAGAAUCUCCCAGACAACCCAGAGAGAUUUUCUCUGUGUGUUUGUGUUUUAGGAAAACAGAGUUUCUCUUCAGGCAGAUUUUACUUUGAGGUUCAAGUUAAAGGAAAGACAGAUUGGGAUUUAGGAGUGGCCAGAGAGUCGAUCAACAGGAAGGGAUUCAUCACACUGAGUCCUGAGGAUGGUUUCUGGACUAUAUGGUUGAGAAAUGGAAAUGAGUAUGAAGCUCUAGCUGACCCUGAUGUCCUCCUCUCUCUGGAGUCUCCUCCUCAGAAGGUGGGGGUGUUUGUGGAUUAUGAGGAGGGUCUGGUCUCCUUUUAUGACGUAGAUGCUGCAGCUCUUAUCUACUCCUUUACUGGCUGCUCCUUCACUGAGAAACUCUUCCCAUUCUUCAGUCCCUAUUAUAAUGAAGGUGGUAAAAACUCUGCCCCUCUGAUCAUCUCUCCUGUCAGAGUAAACUAAUCACUGAUCUCAUUUCAGGUAUUGAUUUAUUUUUAAUCAAGGGAAGAAAUGUACAUAUUCAGAUAUUUUACAUCUUAUUUUCUACAGAAUCUGUUUCCUGUGGUGAAUGAUUUACACUUUAUUCCAUUAUUAUCAUAUGGUUAAAUGUGCCGCAAUUCUUUGCAAAUUAAAUCCAACGUUAUCUUGACAUAUUUGGUGUCUUUAGAAACUGAUUUCUUCUGAAAUUUAUAAUAAAUGUCUGUGGGUUUAACAGAGGUUUAAAUAGAUAUAGUCCACAUAACGUGUGUCAUGAUGCAUCAAAUUAAUGUCUUGAUUAUGUAAUCAGAUACACAUUUAUAUGUUUUUGAUGUGCAGCCACAGAAAACAUAUUGCUGAAUUUUUCCUUGUGUCAUGUAUCUUCAUUUAAGAGUGAGGCCUAUUACAUCCCAUAAUGUCUACAGAACACAGUAUGUGUUGUUGUUAUACCGGGUAUAAAAAGUUAAUGGAUGUUUCUAUCUUGUGUGAAAGUGUUUUGGAUGAUUACUGGUCACUUUGGGCAUUUUAUAUUUGUUUCAUGAAUUCUGUAAGAUGGUUUAUGAGUCACAGAAAUCCGUAAAUAUGUGAUUGUAGAAUAAAAACUGUAAAAUAAAGCAGUUGUUGAACACAAGGCCUGAGUAAGCAGUGACUUGAGCACCAAACACUGAACAGAAAAGCUGAUUUACACACAAGUUGUAUUUCAGUCGAGGAUGA